AUGUGCUCGCGUAGUCAAUUGGAUCAUCGAAGUUUAUCCUGUCAUAAAACCGGUGUUGUUCCACAAACAUCAAAACUAUUAUCGCCAAUUUUACCGAGACAACAUAAAUAUGAAUUAAAACAACGAAUUUGGCCAAAAGAAACGGUUGAAUCUUGGUUUUCACAUGCAGGCACCGAUGAUCGUCGUGCAGUUUAUAAUUUUUUGAAUACAUUGUAUGAUAAUGAAGAACGAAAAUCAUCAAGAUCACAUCACCAACAACAACAACAAAAGCCUCAGAGAACACAAUUUCCAAGUCGUACAAAUGGUUAUCAUUAUCGUCAAAACUUACAAACACCAACUAGUCGUAAUUCAAAACGUGACCUUGGAGAAAUUUUGGAAUCAUUAGAAAGUUUUCGUCCAUCGUCAUCUAUUCAAGAUAAAUGUGCACAAACAAAUUUACCAAAAGUUGGCAAUAAUGAAAGUAAAGUUCGUUCAUCAUCUCGUCUGAAACGAUCGACAACAUCAUGCGAUAAAUAUACAGAGAUACCAACUACUAAUGAUGAUGAUCAUAAUAAUAAUAAUAAUGAUAAUAAUGAUAAUAAUAGUGAUAAUAAUAAUAACAAUAAUGGAAAUGUUGUUGAUAAUUCCAAUGUGGAAACUAAAACAACUAAUAAGCGAGAAUCAGCACCAAGAUAUUUAUCAACAACAUGGCGAGUAAUAAAUCCUCGAGAAGAUAUUGAAAAUCAACAUGCACCAGAUCAAAAUGUUUCAUCAUUUUUUAUGCCAACAAAAAAAGUUUAUCCCGAAUAUUUUUUUAUUCAUCCCGAUUGGUAUUAG